AUGGUGAAAUAUAAGCUGAACCUGCUAAUAAUUGUGGUAUUCCUAAAUAUUAGUCAAUACACGGGACUGAUCAUACCGGAACAGAAUCCAAUCGAUCAGCAGACAGAUGUUGUUUUUAUCGAUGACAGUGGAACUAGAGAAACCUCAUUUGUGGAUGGUCCUGGAUUAGGCACAGGGUCAGAUGUAGGACUACUUCCUCUUCCCCUGUUAGCCCUAGCUUUACUAAUGAUACCGAUGGUUAUGAUGCCAAUGAUGAGUUCUGUUACUAGUGAAUCAAGUAUUGCUGUUGCACCCAUACCUGUUGUGUCAACACCUGUUUCGGUUACUGUUACACAAGCCGCUGUACAAACAACAACACCAUGUGUUCCAACAAAUUGCCCUGCAGAAUAUAGAUUGUUAAAUGACCAAACUGCCAGCCCUAAUUGCUACCGAUUUAGUGGGACUGGUAAGCUAAGUUGGUAUGAAGCUCUGAAGGCAUGUACCAAUACACCAGGGGCCUAUCUAUGGAAGCCAAAUGAUGAAAAAGAAGCUGAUGCUGUAAGAAGUGUGUUUGCUUUUGGUAAGUUAUGGGUAAUGUAA